CCAUUUUUAAAUAUAAAAGAAUAAAUACAAAAACUUUCAGCCAGUAUACUCAUAGAUACUGUGAAUCAAUGUGUGUUUGUUUUGUUACUGAUUUAUUAUAAUGGUUGUGUGAAUCAAUGUGUGUUUGUUUUGUUACUGAUUUAUUAUAAUGGUUGUUUUCUGGAAAGUUUAGUUGCUUUGGUUGUGUAGGAGCUCGUGGACGCUUGCUUCCUGAAUUCAGCACCAUUACUGCUAAGUAUCUAAAAGCCGUACCCAUAAAAUUUUACGUGCCACAGUAAGGGCAAAACAUUUCAAUGUGUGAAACAGAAGGAAAGAACUUCAACCGGUUUUGCUAGGCUAAGAUAACAGAAGACUGAAAAAGCAUAAUUCCUUUUCACUUUGAUAGUCAUACCCUGUGUCCAAUCAGAAACGAGCAUGUGAUAUUCAAUAACGACCUACCCUUUCCGUUUUGAGUUAUUGUUGUGUUUUUGGUUUUGCUGUUGUGGUUUUAGUUUUGCUUUUGUGUUAUUUGCUGUUGGUUUGAUAAUGUGUUUUGCACUUUAGGGCCACCAUAUUACUAAAUUUUGAGGAAAUGAAACAUGAAAAAACAAAAUGCCAGUUUGCUUCAGGUAAAUACUUUUGAUGCCUCAUUUUAGAGUAAUGUUAAUGAUACUGAAUGUUUUACUGUGUAGUUACCAGAAUACCAAGCAAGCUACAGUAUCAAACUGUAAAAAAUUUAAAGGAUUAUCCUGGUUUGAACACAGUAUUUUAUUGUAGAAAUGACAGAAAUUCUUUCAGUGAAUCACCUACAAGUGAACUACUUGCAACAUUAGAUAAGCAAUGUCUCAGAUUAAGAUGCUGUCUCCUCUGAUCACAUUGUUGUAUUUUAUCCCUCCUGUCUGCCAGGGGUGGUGUUUAUCAUCCCUUGUACCAAAACGGUCAUGUGAUGACGUAUGAAAUAGUAUUCAACAAUCAUUCCCUUUUUCUAUCUCACAUGCUCACGUCAGACUCUGUGAACACAGUUUAGAGCUAUCCGCUUAGCACUUUCUCUGCUUUGCCUGCACUAAACGGAUAUUAUUUAUCAUUUACCUCCACUAAGUUCUCCUUCUGUUUUUUUAAGCCCAUUGUUACAGCUGGUCCUGCCUCUGUGUUUUCAGCCUUAGAAUGUCCAAUAUUCUGGUGGAUUCUGUUAGUUAACUGGCUAAUGGACCUUGUGGCUAACAUGAGCUGCUAAGCAUCAUAGAGUUUGCACUCCUUCUACAUAGCAUGCACUGUUACUGCUUAGUCUGCUAUUAUUAGGAGAAAUUCCCACUAAUUUGCCACUCUUUGUUUUGGAUUGGGUAUUCCGUCUACACAAAUGUCUGCUUUUCUAAACUUGAGUUGUACUGACCCAUAAACCACACUGUAAUAUGUAGGGUGCUAACCUUGCGACAGUGUCUAAAUUUCUUGGAAAAUUGCCUUGGCAGUGACCAUCUGAAGGACACUGUAACAUCUACUGCCAUAACUGAGCAUAAAUGUCAGUUCUGACACACAUACUUCCCUGGUAGAUUUGAAUUUGGCCCAAGCUCCUUAAUCUAAACAGCUUCCAGUCCCAGUGAAAACCAGAAAAUAUCAGAAGAUGCCCACAAACCAGUCCGAGUUGCUCUCAGGAGCCAUAUUCAGAGUUAUUCAGAGUAUUCAUAGUAAGAAGUUAAUGCCAAAAUUGGACAGUUCCACAGGAGUUGCGUGCACAGGCAGAGAGAGGGGUGGGGGAUGUGACCUUGCCAAAAACAGAGGCAUGUCUCAGUUACAUGUAAUUCCAAACUUUCAUGGUGCAAUAUUGGCUUGAGUAAGGAGCACUAUUAAGUCCCAGCUGUAACCACAAUAUGUCACCCUGAAAUUCCCCAAAAUGUUUUGGGCUGUAAAUGCACUCAAAAAAACUAUGGAAUACCAUUUGAGGGCAAUUUUAAAUAUUGCAAAUACAUAAAUAUGACAGUAUUAAUUUAAUUGUAUAAUCUCCAUGGAAGUUUUUUUUUAAAUGAAAGAGACCACAAGACACAGAAUCUUAAUCAGAGACAACUUAUCUCAAGGACUAAAUUUUAUGUGGAUAAAAUUAUUAACUCCAGCUACAUCAGUAAUUCCCCUAGAAUUUCUAGAACUGAGGGCAUUCCAGUGAUAAAUCAUUUGUUCUCUUGUGAACAAAUGUUCAGCAGAAAUGUUCUCUUGUGAUCCCUGGUCCCCAUUUUGAGAACCAUGGCACUAGAGAGUGCAACUAUUAGUUCUUUGACAUUGCCAUGUUCAGGUCUACUGGUUUACUGCUGGGGACUUAAGCCCAUUUUCUGAACUUGUACCCACUGAUUGUAAAUAUUUCAAUUGUCCUCAUACAUCAGGUUGUGGCGGAGGGCUGGCUUCUAUAUUUAAACAAAACUUCUUCUGCUGGACUUUAAUGACUGAUGCCUACUGUAGUUUUGAACUUCAAAUGUUUGUACUGGAACUGGGCAGCCCAUUGGUGAUUGCAUUGAUAUAUCGACCACCUAGAUUUCACAAAGAUUUUAUCAGUGAGUUCUUUAGGGAGAAUCUUUACUAAUUUUGAUAGAUUUUUUAUUCUAAUUUCAUUUUUAAGGGGAUUUUAAUGUCUAUGUCUGUCAAAAUUCUUCAAAAUUCAAGGAUAUACUCUUGAUCUUGUGUUAUCCUAUGGCUUGUCUGUCUGUGACAUUGAAAUCCCAUGGCUUGUCUGUAUGUGACUAUCACCAGUGGUGAUUUUUCGGCAGCGUUCAAUGAGGUAUCUCAGUCUCUUGAUCUCUCUCUUCAUGACUUGUGUGCUGAAGAGCACCUUGGUUUGUUUAAUUCUAUUUGUACUAAUGUUUUAAACUCUGUGGCUUCACUGUAGGCUAAACAUCAUAAACCUAAGUCUGGGCCCUGGCUAAACGACACAACCAAUGCCCUCAGACAGGCCUGUAGGAGAGCUGAAAGAAAAUGGAAAAAGAUUUUCCAUUUUCUUUCUCCUCAAGUCUCCUAUGAAAUCUUAAAGGAGACGUUAACUCAAUUUCAGAGAGCUGUGAGAGCUGCUAAGUCUAAGCAUUUUUCUGAUCUCGUUGAAAAAAAAUUGUCAUAGACCAAGAAUACUUUUCACUACUGUAAAUGCUGUUGUAAAUCCUUCUGUUAGUGUUUACCCAGUUGAGACUUUAUGUACUUGUCAAAGUUUUCUUCAAUUUUUUGUGGACAAGAUUAGGGAUAUUAGACUGAAUAUUGUUCCCUCUGCUUAUAAUCCUUCUGUUCCCCUACUGGUGUUGGUGUUUUAAGCCAAUUUGAACCUAUUUCCUUUUCUCUUUUACAAGAUAUUGUGGGUCAGCUAUAACCUACUGGUUCUCACCUUGAUGUUGUUCCCCCACGUCUUUUUAAACAAAUGUUUGAUGUGGUUGGAUCUAGUCUUAUUCUAAUUAUUAAUAAAUGUCUUGAAACUGGUAUUGUUCCAAAUUAUCUGAAACAUGCCAUUGUUCAUCCCUUUCUUAAAAGGUCAAAUUUAGACCCUACAGUUUUGAAUAAUUUUAGACCUACAGUCCUGCUCACCAUUAUUGGCACCCCUUCAUUUUUUGCAUAACCUGUACAAUAUCUUCAGGAAUAAAUGAAAAUGUACCAAAAUUAUAUCAUCGGGAUUUUUUAAUUGGAGGUCCAAAGUAAUUAAACAAAGAACAUUGUUUUUCAACUUGCAUGUAGUAAUUUCAAAGAAGAAACAGGAAAAAACGUCAUGGGCAGCUAUAAAGGCACCCUUCCUUAAUAUUUGGUUGCACACCCUUUCGCAGCAAUGACAGCCUCCAAACGUUUCUUGUAGCCAUCUAUAAGCUUCUUGCAUUUCUCUGCUGUUAUUUUCUCCCACUCUUCCUUUGCAGUUUGAUCAAGCUCUUGAACAUUUGCAGGGAUCUUUUCCCCAAUGGCAGAUUUCAGCUCACCCCAAAGAUUUUCAAUAGUAUUGAGAUCAGGACUCAUUGCUGGCCAUUUUAAAAUAGUCCAUUUUUUCCUUUUCAACCAUUCCUGUGUGCUUUUGGAUGUGUGCUUUGGGUCUUUGUCUUGCUGGAGGACCCAUGAUCUUUGACUCAAACCAAGUUUUCUUACACUAGGUAGGACAUUUCGCUCUAAAAUCUCUUGGUAAUUCUCUGAUUUCAUGAUUCCUGUGAUACGGUCAAGGCCUGCAGUACCAGACGCAGCAAAGCAGCCCCGCAGCAUUAUGGAUCCUCCACCAUGCUUAACUGUUGAACAUUUUCCCAGAUGAAUUGUGGUUUGUCCAGAUACUCUUUGGCAAAGAUCUGGAGCCAUGAUGUGUUGGUCCAUAAUGGCAUUGUGUUCUCUGAUGAGCUUGGCAUUGCUGUUCCUCAGCAUUAAUGCUGUGCCAGCCCACAAGGACAAAAUAGUAUGGACAGCUAGGAUCAAACGGCAAGCUACAGAUGGUAGUGGCAACACCAGCAAUCAGAGCCAGCCCAUGAUCUUCAACCAUGUGUACAACAUUAAUAUUCCACUAGAGUCCCUGUGCUCAGUGGAUCUGGACUCAAAGGGAUCCACAGGGAGUGAUAAAUCAGGUGAGGAGUAUGAGGAACAAUCAGUGGACUUGGACAGCCAGGUGACUUUCACCCACCACAUCAACAUCCCCAAGGCAGUGUGUUCAUGCCCAGCUUCAACCAUGCUGCAGCAGCUAGCCAGUCGCAUAGAGAUGCUGGAGAAAGAAGUAUCACUGCUCAGAGCACAGUGUAGCGGUGCUUGCUGUGGAGAUAACUUAGUCCUGGGCCAGCUGGAUUUUGGCCCUCUCUGCAGUGGCCAUGGCACCUUCAGCAUGGAUGUUUGUGGCUGUGUGUGUGAUGAAGGCUGGAUGGGGAAGAACUGCUCAGAACCACAAUGUCUGGGGAACUGCUCUGGUCAGGGUGUGUGUGUCGAAGGCGAGUGUGUGUGUGACAGUGAUUUCAGUGGAGAAAACUGCUCAGAGCCUAGGUGCCCUGGUGACUGCUCAGGCCAGGGUGUGUGUAUUGCUGGAGAAUGUGUGUGUGAGGAGGCCUACUCUGGAGAUGAUUGCUCCAUGAACAGAUGCCUGAAUGACUGCUCUGAGCAGGGGCUCUGCAUCAAUGGAACUUGCCAGUGCAGACUGGGAUUCCUAGGUGAAGAUUGCUCACGUAUCUCCUGCGCUAACAACUGCAGCCACAAGGGAGAAUGUAAGGCUGGAUUCUGUGUGUGCCAGGAGGGCUACAUGGGAGAAGAGUGUGCUUCAGUGGCACCACCUAUGAAUUUGCGAGUGCGUGGAGUGACGGAACGUACUAUUGACAUAGAGUGGGAGGGGUCAUCAGUUGUAACAGACUACUUGAUUACUUACGUUCCAACAAGCCCUGGUGGAGUACAGCUGGAAUUGAGAGUUCAAGGGAGUGUGACCAACACCACCAUCAGUAAGCUGGAGCCAGGUCUGGAGUACAACAUCAAUGUGUACACUGUCAUUGAAGAUGUCAUCAGUGUGCCAGUCAGCGCCACGGCCUCAACCUAUCUCUCAAAUCCUGAUGGUCUACUCUUCAAAUCUAUCAUGGAAACAUCAGUGGAGGUUCAGUGGCAACCCUUUGACUACUUGUUUGAUGGUUGGGAAAUAAGCUUCAUUCCCAUGGACAAUGAAGGAGGAAUGACAACCCAGCUGCCCAGCACAAUCACAUCCUACCAUCAGACUGGUCUAAGGCCUGGAGAGGAGUACACUGUGAAUCUGGUGGCACUAAAAGACCAAGGCAGGAGCCAGCCUGUCACUGCCACUGUUACCACAUUAAUUGAUGGACCAACACAGCUUAUGAUCCGGGAUGUCUCGGACACGGUGGCAUUUGUAGAAUGGACUCUGCCCAGGGCCAAAGUGGACGAAAUCAUCCUGCGUUAUGGACUCGUGGGUUAUGGUGGACCCAAGACCACAUUUCAUCUGGAGCCGACUCUGAGUCAGUACUCACUACAAGUCCUAAGGCCAGGCUCCAGAUAUGAAGUGUUGGUUAGCAGCUUUCACAAGGGCAGUGAAAGUAGAAUUGUCUCUGCUGAGUUUAUCACAGAGAUCGAUCCACCCAAACACUUGCGGGUGCUCUCUAAGACAUCCACAUCUCUGGAGCUGGAGUGGGACAAUAGCAAGGCUGUUGUGGAGUAUUAUUGUGUUGUGUACAGUACACUGGCUGGAGAUCAGUACAAUAAAAUCGUAAUUCCACAUAGCAAUGGAACCACAACCAGGAUCACUCUCACAAAUCUACAACCAGGUACUGAAUAUGGCAUUGGGAUAUCGGCUAUUCUGGGUAACAACCAAAGCAAUCCAGCCACAAUGAAUGCCAGGACAGGUCUGGAUAUCCCCAUGGAUCUGAUGGUCACAGCUUCCACAGAGAACAGCAUCACUUUACUCUGGGGCUCUGUCCAGGGACCCAUUGAGUAUUACAGAGUAAGCUACACCUCAGCUAGUGGUGUGACCACUGAAAUAACCAUACCCAGAGAUAUCAGCAGCACCACACUGAGUGGCCUGGAGCCUGGUACUGAGUACACCAUCACUGUCAUGGCUCAGAGGGGCAGACAACAAAGUGCUGCUGCCACAAUUGAUGCCUUUACAGGCUUCCGUCCUGUGAGUCAGCUCUACUUCUCAGACAUCACAGCUGACUCCUUCGCCAUAGCCUGGAGUGCUCCAGCCCCACCUGCUAAUAAUUUCAAGCUGCAAUACUCUACAGAUGAUUCCAGUGAGGAGUUUGAAGUUGUUCUGGAUGGUUCCAAGACAAGGACUGUCCUUUCAGGCCUCCUGCCUUCCAGAAAAUACAUUGUUACUCUGGUUACCAUGCAUGGAGACACAGCUUCAGAGCCAGUUACAGGCACCAUUGUCACAGGUAUGGACCCUCCCAGAGAGAUUAUGGUAUCAUUCAUCUCUGAGGAUUCAGUAACCGUAUCAUGGGCUCAGCCGCUUGCUCACUUUGAUUACUACAAAAUGUCCUACCAGUCUGCUAGAGGUCAAGUGGACAGUGUGUUGAUUGACAAGGAUGUGACAAACUAUACUCUGACCAGACUCCAUCCCGCGACAGAAUAUGACAUCAAAUUAAACACUGUGCGUGGAAGCCAGGAGAGCAAGGUCAUCAGCACCAGUGUCUUUACAGCCAUGGACAUGCCAAUGGAACUGAUGGCCCUGAAUGUCACACCACAGGGAGCAUUGUUGCGCUGGACUCCUCCACUCUCUAACGUGGAUAACUAUGUACUCACUCUCACCCGUAGCCAAGUGACAGCAGACACAUUUCUAGUGGAAGGGAACAAGCAGGAACAUCAGCUGAGUCAACUUCUCCCCAGCACUCCUUAUUCCAUUGGUCUCUAUGCCACCAAGGGCCCUUUGACCAGUGGCACUGUGAUCACCAGCUUCAUCACACCCAUGGACGCUCCCCAGAAUCUGACUGCUAGUGAGGUCAACCACCGUAGUGCCCUCAUCUCAUGGCAACCGCCCAUUGCAGACAUCGACAACUACAUGCUGACCUAUAAGUCAGCUGAUGGAAGCCGCAAAGAGCUAAUUCUGGAUGCUGAGGACACAUGGAUCCGUCUGGAGGGACUGGCUGAGACAACAGAGUACACAGUGAGAUUGCAGGCAGCCCGAGGCCUUGAGACCAGCGCCAUUGUCUCUACAUCCUUCACAACUGGAAACCGGUUGUUUGCUGUGCCGCAGAACUGCGCUCAGCAUCUGCUAAAUGGUGAGCUCGUCAGUGGAGUUUACACUGUCUACAUCAACCGUGACCCCAGUCAGGGUGUACAGGUCUAUUGCGACAUGACUACUGAUGGUGGUGGCUGGAUUGUGUUUCAGCGUCGCCAGAAUGGCCUGACUGAUUUCUCCAGGACAUGGAGUGAAUAUAGGACUGGAUUUGGGAAUCUGGAGGAUGAGUUCUGGCUAGGUUUGGAGAAUCUUCACAAGAUUACGGCUCAAGGACGCUAUGAGCUGCGCAUUGACAUGAGAAAUGGCCAGGAGGCAGUAUACGCCAACUACGACCGGUUCUCUAUUGGAGACUCCAGAAGCCUCUACAAACUAAGGAUAGGGGAAUACAAUGGCACUGCUGGUGACUCUCUGAGCUACCACCAUGGUCGACCUUUCUCCACUAAAGACAAGGAUAAUGACAACGCUGUAACUAACUGUGCACUUUCCUAUAAAGGAGCCUGGUGGUAUAAGAAUUGUCACAGAGUCAACCUAAAUGGCAAAUAUGGAGAGUCCAGACACAGUCAGGGUAUCAACUGGCACAUGUGGAAAGGCCAUGAGUUCUCCAUCCCGUUUGUGGAGAUGAAGAUGAGACCUUAUAAUUAUCGCACCAUCAGUGGCAAGCGAAGGAGGUGCACUCCACAUUAAUCAGCUGUUUUGGCCCAUCUUACUAGCUGUUCCUAUUUUUACAUAAAAAGAAAAGUAAGGCUGUGUUGUUUAUUUGAUCUCUUUUGAAGAAUUGCAUUUAGAAUGAUAAGCCUUUUGGAUUGUUCCUUUCUCUGUAAAACUUUUGAUCCCUGAAGGUGUAAAAAAAAAAUGCUCCCAGGUACAGUAUGGUACAGUGUUAUUUACCACAAGUGGUUUGGGGAAAGGACAUGAAUAAAAAUUACAUACAUGACAAUGUUACUUUAAGAAAAAAGAUUUUAGAAAAAAACUACACAGAAAAAUAAGAGAAUUAUAUUUUUAUAACUGAAAACAACUGUAAAAUAUGAUUGAAUGGUUUACAUGCAAGAUUUUGGGACUGUUGGGACUUUCUUUUAAUUUUGCUAUUUGACAUAUACAUAGGGUAACUAGGGAAUCCCAAAAAUGACAUUAAUAUGUGAUCUAGACUAUAUGGGCUAUCUGAUAGUCAAAAAUAUAACUGAAUACAAAAAAUUAAUAUAGAGUGAGUUUUAAAAAACAACUUAAUUUUUAUUUUUAUUAUUUAUUGUUUUAUUCCCGUAACCAUUUUAUCCUGGUCAGGGGUGCAAUAAAUGAGGAGCCUAUGCCAGGAACAUUGUGUCACAAUACGGUGCAGUGGCACCACAGUGGUUAAGGCUCUGGGUUACUGAUCAGAAGGUUGGGGGUUCAACUUCCUGCUACUGUUGGGCCCUUAAGCGAAGUCCUUAACCCCAUCUGUUCCAGGGGUGCUGUGUCAUGGCAUGUUCUUACCCCAGCUUCCUAACAAGCUAGGAUAUGUGAAAAGGAAUUAUUACACUGUAGUGUAAUCUUUCUUCUUUCUAAACAUUCACACACAUAUUCAUGCUUAGGACAAGUUACUGUAGCCGGUCCACCUACUGUCAUGUUUUUUUGAACCUGGAGGAAACUCACGCAGACAAGGGGAGUACAGGGGCGGAAACUCCACCCAGACGAUAACCUCAGCUCAAGAUUGAACAAGUGACCUUGGAGGUGUGAUGCAGCAAUGCUACAGCUUCUCAAUUUUUGGAUUAUUAUUGAUUCCAGCAAUAUCCAGAUAUUUAUCUAUUUCCUAUUUUACUGAUACUGAAUUUUUAAUGUCCUCACCACUUAUAUUAUAAUUAGGGGGUUGUGUUUUAUUCACCCGUGCAGUAUCUUGUGCAUCCCUGGAACACUGGGCAUGAGGUGGGAAUACACCUUGAAUGGGACACCAGUCCAUUGCAGGGUAUGAUGUACAUACACAUUCACAGCCUCAUUCAUGCCUAUGGACAAUUUAUCUUAGGCAGUCCACCUACUCGCAUGUUUUUGGGAAGUGGUAGGAAACUGGGGAACCUACAGGAAACCUACACAGACACAGGGAGAUCAUGCUCAGAAACUCCACGAAGGGACCCUGGAGCUGCGAGGCAACAACGCCACCGUGUUACAUUGUGCCACUGUGCCACCCCUACUAUCAGUUUGUGCAAAAUCAGCUAAAGCAGCCAAAUGCAAUAAGUGGAGAACAUCAAGUCUGUGUACAUAUGAAUUAUUCCAAUGUAUUAUCAAAUGCUGGUUAGUAAUCCCACAGAAUUACUAAAGCAUGACAUUAAAACACAUUCACUUCCAGUUCUAAUGGGUCAGAAAUGGAAUAGAUACACUACCACUGACACAGAGCCAGUAUCGCUCAACAGUUUUAUUAAUGCUGUGCGAUUGCUAACCAGCAAUUAAUAAUAUACUGUAAUGCUCCAUAUAAGUACAAGCUUUAAGUUCUCCAACUACUUUGUUUGUCACCCUAUGUUUGUACAAACAAUUAUCUAUAUGAUUUAAGGAUAAAGCUUGUUGAUUCCUGUAGCAACUUGAGGCUAGGCUCUGCGUUGACCAGGAGCAUGGUCUUCAUCACUGUCUGCAGUUGCUAUGUGAAAGGGAGAGAAAGGGAUCAGCAUUUCCAUCCAGACCAAACUGGCUAAGCUUAUUGUUCCUGCCACACCCUUUUAUACUCUCCUGCUUUCUCCACACAAUGUGGUCAACACUUUUGAUGGAUUGUUCUAGUCCUCAUUACCAUCAAUAUCAGAUUCUAACCCACUGAACCAGUCUAACACCUGAGUAGGUUUGGACAUGCCACUCUCAUUAUCACAUAAGAGCUGAGGAGAUUAGGAAAUGAUGUGUAAAUAAAAUAGGAAAUACAUAAAUAACUAAACAUGCUGUAAUCAGUAAAAAUGUAAAAGUGAGAGUGUUUAAAAGGUACAGUAAAUGAUAAUAAUAUAAUGUGAUUUUUUAUUGACUGUUUGAUACUUUAAGAAAUAAUUGAAGGCAUUUUUAACUUAACUCUAUAAUCAGUUAGUAUUCGAUUAAACUGUAUAUUUGACUCACUAGAAUCAGUGGCAUGUUAAUGACUUGUCAUUUUGGAGAUUUCAUAGGUAAGUUGCCUUUGAAUGCUUAGAGUGGAACAUACCAUUUCAUUACAUAUGGAGAAUAAUCAUGUCUCAUUCUUUAUAAUUACUGAUUAUAUUUUUUUUAUAUUUUAUUUAAUCACUGAUGGUAUUUUUGAAACCAAAGAUUUAUUGGUUGGAAAAGUCUGCACAUAUAGACUGAAUUUCAUAGAGGAUUUCAAAAUUAAAUUAGCUUACAUCUUGAUAGUUUUUGAUACAGAAAUACCAUCAUUGCAGCUUAUAAAGCAUCCCAGACAAUCCCAGAUUAUUGCAGCAAAUUCAAAACUCUUUUUAAAAAUCCAUUCUUGAACUUAUUGAUUUAUAUUUGCAUUAUUUCUCAUACUCAUGUGAUUUAAAUGUUCAUGUAACUUGUCAUGUCAUAGUGUGCGGUCAGUUCAGUUUUGCUGUAGAAUUAGUUUCAGUGUAAGAAAUGAAUGACCUCAAAAAUGGUGAUACGUUAACUCUUUCAACAGGAUUGGGUCAGAUGCAUACUGAAUUCAGAAUAACACCACUCAAGUGUAAAAUCUACUGCUUUGAAAAGUUUUUGCUUCCUCUUUUUUAAAAUUUAAUUUUCAGUGUAUGGUGUUGUUUAAUUUGUAGUGAAUAAAUUUAUCUAACUGAAUGUUGAAAAAAAAUUUGACAGGUCAAACUGUUUACAGAAUUGGGGGGGAGGGGGGUGUUCUGGAGUCAGUAUUACUUCACAAGUUAACCUAACUAGACAGCUUUUAGAUUUCUUGGUACAUCUAUUUCUACAUCUAUUUCUGUUGCACAUUUAUAUUUGUGGGUAGCUUUACAAGAUAAAAGAUUGUACUAAUCUAGUAAUUGCAAAUGCAAUUUAAAUUAAAACGCAAAUUCAAGUUAAAUUGUUGCUCUUUCGGCUGCUCCUGUUAGGGGUUGCCACUGCAGAUCAUUUGGUCCACGUAUUUGAUUGUGCACAGUUUUUAUGCUGGAUGCCCUUCCUGACGCAACCCUCCCCAAUUUUAUCUGGGCUUGGGAUCGGCACUAAGAGUGCAUGCAACCCUGGGCUGGGGUUGGUUCCCUGGCUGGGAGAAUCAAACCUGGGCCGCAGUGGCGAGAUCGCUGUGGCCUACCCACUAGUCCUCCAGGGACCCACAAAUUCAAGUUAAAUUAACCAAGUUAAUAUUAUGUCUGUAAUAUUGGAAUAUCUUUCAAUUUAGUCUGAUAUUAAAUUAUUAUAACCACAUUAUUGGUGCAAAAAAAAAGUGCAUGUGUAUAAAAAAGAGCAUAUAAUAGAAAAUAUUUUGACUUAUUCAACCCAUUGAAGUAAAAAAAAAAAAAGAAGAAAAAGAAAAAAGGAAGUAACAUUAAAAUGCAAAAGUUGAUGUAGCCAGUAAUGAAGAUCAAAGUUCACUCCGGAGAGCAGAAGUUCAAGGCCAAAGACUUUAUUCUUUCAAAAAAUAAAGCCGAGCUACCCAACUCUUCAGAGGGCCAUUCUUUUUUCAUUUACAUGAAAAAAACUUCCACAUCUGGUUUUUCACAAGACCCAACAUUCCCAUAUAUGCUUAUGUUAGUGUUUAAGGCAGACUUUCUCACUUAAAUUUACAGCUUAUUCCUGCUUUCCCCAUUUGCCUAUGUAAGGUCAUAUAGAUCAUGUUCAGGCCUAGGAUACAGAUGCCUAUAUAAGGUCAUAAAGAUCACUUUCAGGCCUCCCUGUCACCUUGUGCACUAUACCGGUUCCAUACAUCUAUAACAUUGAGGAUUACAUGUUAUCAAAUAUGAGUACACAUUUCAUGGUUAACAUUUUAUGGUUACAAUAUUUCUAUAAAGUGAGACCUGAAACAUGACAAAAGUAAUUAUUGAAAAAAUUGGUUGUACUUCCCUUCAUUCCAGACCACCAAAGUGGUUUCCUUCAGAACCAGCUGAGUUUUCCCCAUUGUAUGUGUCCUUGCCAAGUACUAAUAGCAAAGACAUCAUCUUGUGACAGUGGAUCUUAAAGAAAACAGUAGCAAAAAGUAAAAUAUUAAAACUACCAUCACCAGUGGUACGCCUCAGUGCACUCUGUCUGAAGGUGAAAAUUUAAAAAUACAAAGAUUACAAAAAUCAAAGUAGUCACGCUGCUAUACUCAGUAUCUUGUUGAAGCGUUUAGGAAGUGUAUUCAAAGACAGUGUGUCAGUAUUGGUGACAAGAACAUUGGUACAUACCCCAAAGCAUUGGGCAAGGAAGCAUUUCACCUUCAGGUUAUUAGGUGUUCUCCCUGCAUAACAAUAAAUGCUUCAUAAUGCAGCUAUAAAAUAUAAAUGACAUCCUGUUUUUUAGGGAGAACUGUCUCAGUCCUGUUCUCAUGAUGCAGUUCAGUGACCCCUGUCAUAUUGACCAGCCACUCUCUAAUGAGCCUUUUCUCGCUGGCUGCACUGUAAUGUCUUUAUCUGCUCCUUACCUUGGUAACACACCAUAGCGGUGACAGCACCUGACACACCAGGCUCAGUGAACAUACUAUUUAAGAAAAUACCGACGAGAAUGUGAUCAGUGGCACUCUACAGUGGAUCAGAGACUUAUACAUUUGAAGGUGUAUUUUUUUUUUCUAUUUUACUGGACUUUCUUAAGAAGAUUAAAGCUUUGUUUUGUUAAUGCUAAUGUAAUUAAUAAUAUUUCAGCAAUGACAGCAGCACAUUACCAUCCAUUUAUUGGAACACGAGAAUUUGCGUGUUAAGAAGAGUGUCAGUGUUCUUGACAUUUCAGACUUAUUAUUAUUAAUUAUCCUGUUAUCAUUAUUAAAUGAAUUAUCCAGUUCAUUAUUAAUACUGUCAUUUCUUUAUUAUGGGCUUCUUUUUGUCAUCAUGUAUAAUAUAUUUUCUGCAAAUGUGAAACAGUAGAUGAGAGAAGAUGAUGCACAUUAAAUUGUGUAUUCUUUUCCUCCCUGGCUCUUGCUGUUUACUGAGAGAAUGGAUAUUGCAUGCGCUGAAGACAAACUUGAUGUGGUAAAAAGAUGGACCUGUGGAAAUACUGUAUAUGCCUCUGUAAUAGCCUGAAACUUACAGUUGAAUAACCUUGGAUAUUAACAUGACUAAUUAAAUUAGCCCUAGUUUGACUUAAACAUGCUGUAUAAUUCCUUUUUAAUACCUUUUGUACACAUUAAUAAAAUAUUAUAAAUAUGAAUUUGUUUUUUCUGCCUCUUCAUGUGCAGUACAUAAUAAUACAGCAGUAUAGAAACUGAGUAAAAACAAUGAUGAGCUCAAAGAUAUAGAUGUUUGUGACAUUUGUAACAAAAGUGCCUGUAUACGACUAGCUUUCACACCACAGAUAUGACUAAAGAAAACCUCCUGAUAGUGCUAAUCUUGCUAAUGAUAAAUUAAGUCUCUUACAGUAAUGUGUUCAAUAUUUAUCCUUUUCACAGGACACUAGAGACACUAGCAAUUACAUGCUCAUGAGUGAAGUAUUCUAAUUUAUUUGCAUACAGUACUACACACAUGGUCUUAGGAAAGAAAUGCUGUAUAUCAAAAAUAAUGAAAUUACAUGUUUUCUAUAUUAAAUAUGUAAAAAUCCUGAUAACGACCAGUAAACAGUACUAAACUAAACAAAAUCUAUAUUUCUAUAUCUGUUUUUGCUAAUACCCGACAGCCUUCAUAUUGUUUUUUAGACAAAAACAAUAAUUUGUUUUUGUCUAAAAAGUCGUCUAUUACGUAAUACAUGUAUGUUACUUACUUACUGUUAUUUAC